AUGUACAGUGUGGCCCCAGUGUGGCCCCAGUGUGGUCCCAGUGUGGUCCCAGUGUGGUCCCAGUGUGGCCCCAGUUUGGUCCCAGUGUGGUCCCAGUGUGGUCCCAGUGUGGUCCCAGUGUGGUCCCAGUGUGGUCCCAAUCUGGUCCCAGUGUGGUCCCAGUGUGGUCCCAGUGUGGCCCCAGUGUGGCCCCAAUGUGGCCCCAAUCUGGUCCCAGUGUGGUCCCAGUGUGGUCCCAGUGUGGUCCCAAUCUGGUCCCAGUGUGGUCCCAGUGUGGUCCCAGUGUGGCCCCAGUGUGGCCCCAAUGUGGCCCCAAUCUGGUCCCAGUGUGGUCCCAGUGUGGUCCCAGUGUGGCCCCAGUGUGGUCCCAGUGUGGCCCCAGUGUGGUCCCAAUCUGGUCCCAGUGUGGUCCCAGUGUGGUCCCAGUGUGGCCCCAGUGUGGCCCCAAUGUGGCCCCAAUCUGGUCCCAGUGUGGUCCCAGUGUGGUCCCAGUGUGGUCCCAGUGUGGUCCCAGUGUGGUCCCAGUGUGGCCCCAGUGUGGUCCCAAUCUGGUCCCAGUGUGGUCCCAGUGUGGUCCCAGUGUGGCCCCAGUGUGGCCCCAAUGUGGCCCCAAUCUGGUCCCAGUGUGGUCCCAGUGUGGUCCCAGUGUGGCCCCAGUGUGGUCCCAGUGUGGCCCCAGUGUGGUCCCAAUCUGGUCCCAGUGUGGUCCCAGUGUGGUCCCAGUGUGGUCCCAGUGUGGCCCCAGUGUGGCCCCAAUGUGGCCCCAAUCUGGUCCCAGUGUGGUCCCAGUGUGGUCCCAGUGUGGUCCCAGUGUGGCCCCAAUGUGGCCCCAAUCUGGUCCCAGUGUGGUCCCAGUGUGGUCCCAGUGUGGUCCCAGUGUGGUCCCAGUGUGGCCCCAAUCUGGUCCCAGUGUGGUCCCAGUGUGGUCCCAGUGUGGUCCCAGUAUGGACCCAGUAUGGUCCCAGUAUGGUCCCAGUAUGGUCCCAAUGUGGUCUCAGUGUGGUCUCAGUGUGGUCCCAGUGUGGUCCCAGUGUGGCCCCAGUAUGGACCCAGAAUGGUCCCAGUGUGGUCCCAGAGUGGUCCCAGAGUGGUCCCAGAAUGGUCCCAGAGUGGACAGAGCCUGCAGUGCACGCGGGGGUCACGCGUACAGCACUGUAUCCAUUUGUUUAUGUGGUGCUGCGCAUGUCAAUGACGUCCAUUAUGCAAUAG